CAUGGAAAUUGCUGUUGUGUAUUACCGAUCUGGAUACUCGGCAAGUCAGAUGACGGAAGAGGACUGGGAGACGAGACUGACGAUCGAGCUUUCAAGCGCCGUCAAGUGUCCUUCACUCGGUUACCAGCUCGCUGGAACAAAGAAAGUCCAGCAAGUGCUUGCCCAGGAAGGAAUUGUGGAACGCUUCUUUCCUGACGACGUGAAAGCAGUGCAACGCAUACGGUCUACAUUCGUGGGCUCGUACUCGCUCGACCUGACACCAGAGGGCGACAGUGCUGCUCAGAAGGCUAUGCGUUCACCAAGCAAAUAUGUGCUCAAGAAGGAGGGGGAAGCUGAUGAAAUCCACAUUUUCGGGUGCGAGGUCGCAGACCAGCUUGCCUUAUUGGCUGGUAAAAAACAAAGAGAAACCUGUGUACUUAUGGACCGUAUCAGGCCACCAGUUACGAGCAGUUACCUUGUGGCUCCCAACGCUGCUGUCAGACUCCAGAAUGUUGCAAGUGAAAUUGGAAUCUUUGGCGUCGUCCUUGGGUGA